AAAGACACCAGCCGGCCGAUCAGGCACAUCAGCACCAAGGAAGGACAGGCCGAGCAGACUGGCUCCUCACUCCGCGGCGGCAGACGCAGACUCCCGGUCCGGAGAACCGACGUUGCAUCCGCAGAGAGAGGUGUCCCAGACAGACACGACUCUUUAUAUUCGCCUUCCGAUAAGACCAGCUUGAUGAUGAUCCUGUGAGAGAUUUUGAAUUGAGCUCCAGCAGGAUUUCAACAUGUCAGGCACUCAGAGAGACAAUGGCCCUGCAAACUCAACAGAGGCCAAGAAAACAGACCUGAGAAUGCAUGAGAAGAAAUGCUCGUGGGCUUCUUAUAUGACAAAUUCUCCAACUGUGAUUGUAAUGAUCGGACUGCCUGCAAGAGGAAAGACCUACAUGUCAAAGAAACUCACACGUUACCUCAACUGGAUCGGAGUCCCGACCAAAGUGUUUAACUUGGGCGUGUACCGCAGAGAGGCUGUCAGAGCUUAUAAGUCCUAUGAUUUCUUCCGUCACGACAAUGAGGAAGCCAUGAAAAUAAGGAAGCAGUGUGCUCUGGUAGCUCUGCAGGAUGUGAAGGCGUACCUGACGGAGGAGGGAGGUCAGAUAGCAGUUUUCGAUGCAACAAACACAACAAGAGAACGACGAGACCUCAUUCAAGCUUUUGUGAAGGAGAAUGCUUUCAAGGUGUUCUUUGUGGAGUCAGUGUGCGACGACCCAGAAGUCAUUGCUGCUAAUAUUCUGGAAGUGAAAGUGUCCAGUCCAGACUACCCAGAGAGGCACAGAGAGAGAGUAAUGGAUGACUUCCUGAAACGAAUUGAGUGCUACAAGGUCACUUAUCAACCAUUAGAUCCUGAUGACUAUGACAAGGACCUCUCAUUUAUCAAGGUUAUAAAUGUGGGUCGGCGUUUCCUGGUGAACCGGGUGCAGGACUACAUCCAGAGCAAGAUUGUCUACUACCUCAUGAACAUCCAUGUGCACUCUCACUCCAUCUACCUGUGUCGGCAUGGAGAGAGCAACCAUAACGUUGAAGGGCGCAUUGGAGGAGACUCUGAGCUCUCUCCUCGAGGGAAACAGUUCGCCCACGCUUUGCAUGAAUUCAUUGAUGAAUACAAGCUGUCGGAUCUGAAGGUGUGGACGAGCCAGCUGAGGAGGACCAUCCAGACAGCGGAGGAGCUCGGUGUGCCUUAUGAGCAGUGGAAGAUCCUCAACGAGAUUGAUGCUGGUGUGUGUGAGGAGAUGACCUAUGAGAUGAUCCAGGAGACAUUCCCAGAGGAGUUUGCUUUGAGGGACCAGGACAAGUACCACUAUCGCUACCCAGGAGGAGAGUCCUACCAAGAUCUUGUCCAGCGUUUGGAGCCGGUCAUCAUGGAGUUGGAGAGACAGGGCAACGUGUUGGUUGUCUGCCACCAGGCUGUGAUGCGCUGUCUCCUUGCUUACUUCUUAGACAAGGGUGCAGAUGAUCUUCCGUAUAUGAAAUGUCCGCUCCACACAGUGCUCAAGCUCACCCCUGUUGCGUAUGGUUGUAAAGUGGAGAUGUUUUAUCUUAACGUGGAGGCAGUAAACACACAUCGAGACCGGCCUCUUGGUAAAAUCCCGAAGGACUCUGCUAUCAUACAUCGCCGGAAUAGUUACACCCCCUUGUCCAGUCACGACCAGGUCAAGCGUCCCAGGCUCUACAGUGCAGGCAACCAGCCCUGGCUACCGCUUGCCCCCACCCCAUCGGCUCUGAUGCCAGAGGGACGGCAAAGCCAAGUUAGUGAUAGACUCACAGGCUUUCCCUCUAAAUCUGUCACCGUCAGCUGUAAUCAGUCACCUCCCACCGUAGCUGUAGCCCUGUGUUUGGUAUUCCUUUGCCUCAUUUCUGGAUCCUCUCGAUGAUUUAGUGUCUGUGUUGCAACUGACGUACAUGAAAUCCACCCUUCCAUCUAUCUCUUUCUUUCAGGGCAUAUUUUGAGACUUGAAUAAGUUUCUUUGUUCUCUAUGCGUUGUCUCGCAUGAGCUCUGCUUCACUACCGGGCUGUGUCCAGCUUGAAUAUGCAGAACAGCAUGCCUACUCUUUGCUGAGGGAAGCUCCUUUUGGAGUUAAUUGGACACAAAAGACACACAAACAUCAGAGAUGUAUAUAUACAGUACUUUAUUACAAAUGAUCAUGUACACAUAAUAAACCAGAAAACACUAGAUGAAACUUUGUCUCAGUGUAACAUAAUACAGCAAUUCCCAUUGUUAAGGUGGUGAAAGACAUAUUAACCACUUCAGAGAGAGAAAAUGUGAAAAUUUUAAUAUGCAUAUUCAUAUUUGUGUUGUGUAUUUGUUGGCCUUGCAUUGUUUGUACAGUGCCUCAGUCCUACUCCACAUUUCUAUCUAUCUCUCUCUUUCUCCACUUUCUCCAAACUUGUCUUACAGACUCGGAUAGGAAGCGGUUGUCUGUGAGUAUUUGGGAGACUUAGUACAUGUAGCCAAUCUUUCAUUUUCUUUCCCACAUUUCAACUCAUGUCACUGUAACUCAUGUCAAUAUAUGUUGUCACAGUGGUGCGUCUUUUUUAUGGUUUUCAGUCUUUCGGUUUCUCUAACCGUUAACUACCUUUGCACAUUGAAACUUCUUAUGAACUUUGUUUUAUCUUAGCCACCUUAUCAGGAGCACUAUCAUUUAUUGAAUAUUUCGGACUUAAUUAAAUGACCUCAAUAAUGAAAAUGAUUUCAAUAAAACUCUAUGAGGAUAGUACUGCAGACACUUAAAUAUAUUUUAAAGUGAAGUUACAACAAAAACAAAAUGUGCUACUUAGUUUACAUUCAUUAAACAUAUGUUGUAUGAAUAAUAAAUUGUGCAGAUCUAAGGCUGGUUAGGCCAUUGUACAAGAUUAUGAUUUGGAGGAAAUCAUAUAGAAGGUCAGAAUGUGAUUUAUAGUGAAUCACUUACUGAAGACAUGCCAAUGUGAGUGUUUUUACCUUCACUUCAGACAAAGGCCUAAUUUUCCUAGUUUAAACUUGAGACUCCUGGGCUGCCAGGGAAGCUAUUAGUUUUGUCAAACAGGAUUUGGUGCUGCAGGGAAUUGACUUGUGAAUGUCAGUGACAUUUUCUUUUUUCUUGAAGGAGUCCCUGUGUGAAGGAAUCGACUUUGACAGCCCAGACGAAACUAGUGGCUGUGUCCGCUUCUGAGUGAAGAUGAGAUCCUCAUGGCACAAUGUGGAAAACGUCUGGGUUCAACCAUGAAUCAAAAGUUAGAAGUACACGUCUUGCUCAAACAAAGGACAGUUUCUUUUCAAAUGAGGUCACUUAUGCAUGAGAUAACACGUUCUUAUUUAUCUCAAACUCUCUGUCUCUUCUCUGCAUGCUGAGGCUUUGAACUGGAAACCUUAUCAUUAGUAUCAUAAAUACUUCUGCAUGUGCGCCAAACAAAAUCAGUCAACCAACAGAAGAUAUUGUAUUACAGAACUGGCAACUAUUUCUCUGUGUAAAUACUGCAAUGCCUUACUGAAGUUAUGCAUUAUGAUGAAAAUCAACUUCCACAAUUGCAAAUGGAACAUGCUAUAAAGUAGAUGCUGUAAAAAUAUUUUUUUAUAAUACAAAUCCAAGCAUAUAUUAUACCGUAUAUACAAACGAUCUGUAGAUGUGAUUCUUGUGAAAUGUAUUCCUCACCCAUCAUCUGUUAUGUCUUAAUUUGAGAGUAUGUUAGUCAAGUUCUGUCAGAAAUUUGCUGAAAUUUCUCCAUCUGCUUUGGAAGCGUUCUAUGUUUCUGUGUUGUUAGAAAAUGCAUCACAUUGCUGGAUAUACUAUACACUAGCAGCAGGUAGAGAAAUUUGAAAUCCUAAUGUGUUACUCCAGUGUUAAUUGUCACAAUGAACACUAAACCCUAAAUGUUCAUCUAUUGUUCCUCUUGCCUGUGUAUUCUGGGAAGAGAUGUUGUGCAACACAACUAUAUGUUUGAUAUGUUAGCUAUUUUUUGUCAUUCGUGUUCAUUUGAUCAUACUGGCAAUGAAUGUGUUUUAAUGUAUUUUUUCUUCCAACAAACAGAAUCUUUGCAUUUCAUGUAAUAACAGAGAGUGGUCCAAGAUUAAGUCUAUGACUCUGUAAUGUUUGACUGUUGAUAAGUUAUUGGCCUGCUCAAAGCAGCCUACUGUGCCUUUUAAGCAGACAAUAAACAUGAAUUUUGAAGGAA